CUUGAAAGCACCAAGAUAAGCAUUCAAUUUCCAACUCCCCCACCAAAAAAGAUAAAGCACAGAUAACCAUCCACCUCUGUUAAACCCCAACGCUCCAAGACAAGACCAAACCCGAAAAACCUCUGAAAAUGAGACUUCUCAUCCUCGCCGUCGCUGCCGUCCUCCUCCUCCAAGUCUCGGCCGCCGGGGCCGUCCGCACGGAGCCGCUGCUCGGGGGUUGGCACCCGAUAAAGAACCUGAGCGACCCGUACGUGAGGGAGAUCGCUCAGUUCGCCGUCAAGGCGCGCAACGACCAGGCCAAGACGGGGCUGGUGCUGGAGAAGGUGGUGAAGGGCGAGACGCAGGUCGUGGCGGGGACGAACUACAGGCUCGUCGUUGAGGUCAAGGACGGGACCAACAAGAAGAGCUUCGAGGCCCUCGUCUGGGACAAGCCGUGGGAGCACUCCAGGCGUCUCUCGUCGUUCAAGGCCGUAAAGGGCAAGCCAUGAGGUCGUCGUUUGGCCGUACUUCUGCAUUAUAGCUAAUAAUCCUCGGUCAUGUUACAGUUUCAGUAUUUUGAGAAUAAAAUAAGCGUCGGUAAGCGUCGGUAGUAGUGAGAUCUGGUUGUGUAUCGCUAGGGAUGAGAGUUCCAGUCUGAUCUGGUGGGCUGUUUCUGUUUGAAAACUUCGGUGCAAUUCGAGGGAUCCCAUGUUUUCUUUUC